CAGAAACCUGUAAUUUGUGAAACGAAAAUUACAAUACAAUGAACUAAAUACUUUCAUGAUUUCAUCAUCAUUUCAUGAAAACAAACUCAUGACGUCAUAUUGAACGUAGUUCGCUGGAAGCAUGAAUGCAGUUUCUAGCCAGCACUCAAACUCAUGACGUCACAAGACGAACUAUUGAUGAACUUUGUCGAAAUAUAAACAAUUAUUUUACUGUAAACCAAUCAUUAAAACGACAGAAGAGUGUAAUUAAAACAUGCAAAUUUAAUGAGAAGAAAAAUAUUAAUUACAAAUUAUAGCCCAACAAAAACAAUAAUAAUUAAAAAUUACAAAUAGUUUGAAUAAUUAAUGCUAAUUAAUAGGUAGGUAUAGAUAAUUAUGUACUUUUAUUAAUCUAUAACAAUUGGCCUGAUGAUAUAAAUUGAAAAUAAUUCUUUGGCUUAAUAACAGUCUUUAUAAAACAGUAUAACUAUGAAGGUAAGUUUGAUGAUUUUUUAACAAAGCGGCAACAUUGUAUCGAAAUCAACUUUCCCCCCAUUCAUAACCUCAAAAAUUUUCUUCUAGAUUUUUCCAGAAUGUUCUUACCUGUCACUAACGAUGACCAGCGGCUCGCUCCUAGGCAUAAUCCCAUGGCAAUUUGUCUUUUCCAAUCAUAUAUUUCUCCAAAAAAUUUACCGCCUUUAUUCAAAUUUGAUGCUCAGCUACUACGCUAUUUUCCUAGCUUCAGCUUACGUCAAAUUGUUUCUAUUACUGACUGAAGCUGACAGUUUGAAGCCGGAAGAAAUUACGCAAAACGUUCCAGUAACUUUUAUCAAUUCAAUCACGUUUGCAAAGCAAUUUAUUAUUAGAUUUAAAGGGGGUUUUAUAGGGAUUUUAAGGCAAAUUAUCGAAAGCGAAAGUUGCGUUAUUGAAAUGGAAGAUCAAGAGGUAAGCGCCAUCUAUGAAACUACUAGCAAAGCUAUGAAAACCAAAAGUAAAUGGUACUUGGGUAUUUUGCUGGUUUGUACUCUGCAGUACUCGUUGGUGCCGGUUUUAAUGGGCCUAGAAAAACCAAAUGCAACUGAAACCAGCAAACCUUUGCCGUUGUCUUUGUGGUUUCCCGUGGACGAACAAAAAUAUUAUUUGAUCGCUUACGCACGUCAAAUCCUAGAUGGCGCCGUAGCGAUUUCUUUUAUCGCCUACACGGACGUUUUUAUGUUCACCGUAAUGGUAUUUCCAGUUGGGCAACUUCGAAUUUUGAAUUUUAUGCUGGAAAACUUUGACAGCUACAAACGAAAACACUCGAAUUUACAUGGAACAGAUUCAGCAGUCGCUCACAAAGUGUUUGUCGAUAUGAUUUUGAGACACAAAAAAAUUAUCGAGUACGUAAAGAGCUUCAAUGACACUAUGAGCUCUUUAAUGCUUCUUCAAUUUCUACAAUGUUCCAUUGAAAUCGCUUUUAUUUGUCUUCAAGCAGUUACGAAUGAAAUAACCCUUGUCUUAGUGUUCUUUGUCCUAACACUUUUUCUAGCUCUAAUUAUCAGAUUGUUUUUGUACCAUUACUACGCCAAUGAGAUUAUUAUUCUGGUAAGUUGA